UUCAACUGACAAAGCCAUUAGCUGUCUGUAAGACUGUGCUGAGGGCUUCAAUUCAUAACACCGCUAUCGUUGAUGCGCAGCUGGCUGAUAACCGAUUUGAAAACAUUACCGUCAUUUCGGAAGCAUCUCUGUAUUUGCGCUUUAGAAAGUUUAGAAUUUCCUUCAGAGAAUUAGUUUUGGGCCAAAAGUUUGUUCGUCUGGUCCAAAAAUGUUUCUAUGAACUGUCAUGAACAAAGUACCAGUGACGCUGCUGCGAAAUGAAAUGAAAGAGGAAGUGAAAGUUAAGGCAGCUGAUUGGACGUAAAACAAAAAGAGAGAAGACAGAAAGCAACCUCUAAAGAAUUGAAUUGAAGUAGGUACCCCUUUACAUCUCCUGGGCUCGGCAACAUGGCAUCAACAGAUAAUGUGUACUUCAUCUUAACAAAAAAGGACGAAUGGAUCGCUUUUCCAAAAGCUGGAAGUAUUUUUUUCAUGCCUGAAAAUAAGUUCAUUUCAGAAAUGAAGAAAUCUUCUCCUCCAUUAAAGCUGCGAAUGAGGUUAAUGAAACACCACUCUGGAAGGGAGUAUGACUUGGAGACCAACGACAUGGAGCAGCUGUGUGUAGAGGAAGUUGAGCUGCUGCAGGCACUGCCUGAUGAUGCUGAGAGGCUGAGGUGUUUCAGAGAGCGACAUGAUCUGCAAGCAGCAAUGCAACUUGUUAUAGGUACUGAAGUGACUGUGGAGGAAGCUGGAAAGAAGUUCAGAGGCGUCAUUCAAUACACUGGACCAAUAACAAGUGCAUCUAUUUCUUGUCCCAUACCAGGAUCCUUUUUUGGAAUUGAACUACAGGGGCCAGACCGAGGAAAGGGCCACUGUGAUGGGACCUAUAGGAAUGUAAGAUAUUUCACGUGUGACAAAAACUGUGGCAUUUUUGCCCCAUUCAAUAGAGUCAGCUCCUUAUUACCCUCUGUCCAAGAGCCAUCCUUUCAGUCAGAAAGGCUAGAGUUGGGAGACAGAGUCACUUACUUCAUCGAUGAUAAAUGUCGCCAUGGAAUGGUGCUGGAUUUACUGGAAAUAGGUGGACGAUGUUUUGUUCAGAUCUCCACAGACAAAGAUGAAUCUGGGAAGACAGGGGGUGAAGUUAGAGUUCCAUUAGAAGCGGUUGUCAAAGGAGAGCUGCCUGCAGAGGGAGAGAGCAUGGAUGUCGACACACCCCCAGAGGCUGAUACAGAUUAUCUCUAUAUGGGUCUGAGUUUGAACUCUAUGGUAGAAGUGACUCUGGGUGAAGGCAACACAUAUGGAAUUAUUCGCUGGAUAGGCAAGCUGCCUGAUCGAAGCGAAACUAUGGUUGGCUUGGAACUGGACGACAACAAAGGAGUGAGUGAUGGUACUUUUAAAGGUCAGCGUUAUUUCAAUUGUCCUAUGAAGAGAGCCCUGUUUGUGAAGCUGAGCUCAUGCCGGCCUGACUCACGCUUUCAGAGCACAUCAUCCAAUCACAAUGAGAAAAUGCAGCCUGAGGACACUGAUCAAACAGACCACAGUACAGCUGAGUUGCAGACUGUUCCGCCUAUGAGCACAGAGCAGGUUGAGCAGCUUCUGACUGGACGAAUGAAGGGGAUUCAAGGACACUGUAACUCUUGCUACAUGGAUGCUGCCCUCUUCAGUUUGUUUUCCUGCUCUUCCGUGUUGGACUCCAUGUUGUUCAAAUCAACACCACCUCAAGAUGCCCCAAUUCAGAGAACACUGCUCAAUGACAUAGUCAACCCCCUUCGCAGUAACGGCUUUGUGGAAGGAAAACACAUCAUGAAGCUCCGACAGCAGCUGCAGAAACACGGCUACAGCCAAUCAUUCACCACAGAUGAGAAGGAUCCAGAGGAGUUCCUCAGUGUCAUCAUGCACCACAUUCUUGCCCUGGACCCUCUGCUAAAACUAUCAGCUGCGGGUAAAGUGCAGGAGAGUUACUGCUAUCAGAUUUUCCUGGACCAGAACCACAGACUAGUUCUGCCGACAGUGCAGCAGCUACUAGAACAUUCCUUCCACAGUGCAGGUCUUAAGCUGGCAGAGGUGCCGUCCUGCCUCAUCCUCCAGAUGCCUCGCUUUGGGAAGAAAUUCAAGAUGUUUGACAAAAUCAUUCCCUCUCUGGAGCUGGAUGUCACUGACCUCCUCUCUGAAGGUCCCCAGCAGUGCAUGGUGUGUGGAACCCUGGCACAGAUUGAGUGCAUCGACUGUUUUAAAGAUCCACUUUUCAGCCCGACAGGAUUCAAAGUCUUCUGCAGGAACUGUUCAGAACAGGUGCACUCCCAUCCUCAGCGUCUCAGCCAUAAACCAGAAUCUCUGGAAAUCCCCAAGGGUUAUGUUGAACGUAAAAACCCUCACACUAUGAUCAGAGACAAAAUGGAGCUGUUCGCUGUGCUCUGCAUCGAAACAAGCCACUAUGUCUCCUUCGUCAAAUAUGGACCAAACACUGAGGACUGGAUCUUCUUUGACAGCAUGGCAGACAGACAAGGAGAGACAGAUGGCUUCAACAUCCCAGAGGUGCAUCCCUGCCCCGAGGUUGGUGAAUACCUGAAAAUGUCCCCCUCCGAGCUGGCCCAUCAGGCGCCUCGAGAUAUGAAAGGUGUAGCAAAGCGUCUCUUCUGUGAUGCCUACAUGUGCCUGUACCAAAGCACCACUAUGUGCCUCUAUCGCUGAUGGAACGUGAGCACACUGGACGUUUUGCUAUUUGUGUAAUUUCUUUUUGCUGCAUUGUUUUUUGUUUUUUGUUUUGUUAACAUGCAAAUAUUUUAAAUGUGUGUGGUGCUUGGGUGCUGGAAAAAAAUGAUAGCAACAACAAUUUUCUAAUUUGGCAUGAAGAAGAGGAUAAACUGACAUUGCUUUCUAAGUAAUUUGCACGAUAAUCUGAAGAAAAUAAUUACUGGCUUGCAGCAUAUGUUGGACAUAAAUUACAUAUUGCACUGUAAAAAUAGUUUUGCAGUUUACUGCUGAUGUUUGUAAUUACCCUGUAAUUUUAUUUACAGCUUGUAUAGUGAAAGUAAAUGAGUUUUGCUGAUGAAAAACCCUUCAAAGUAGACAGUAGUGAUGAUUCAGUAUGGUUCAUUAAGAAUCCCAUCUAACCAGCUCUCUAUUUUAAAAGCUUAUGUUAUAUGCUGCUGUUAUUUUGGUAUCAGAUUUGGAUGUUGGCUGGAUUUCUUUAUAUAUUUAGAUACAUUUUUUUUUAUCUUCUGGUAUUUAAAUUUCACACCUAAAAAUGAAACGAUGAUUUUAUUCUUGACAAAAAAUGUUUCUGUUAGCAACCUAAGAGACGAAAAGAUGUUUCGAAUAAUAUCACAGUGGAAAACUGUACUUGACUAGCUGCUUGGGAGUCCUGGUUGAACUUGUGACCUUUUUCUAUUUUUUACUACUACUACUUCUGAUAUUCAGUAAAAUAGAUGUCAUAAAAAAAUAAAUGCAAUCAAUAAAACCUGUCA